UUAAAGUGCUGCUGACACAGGGCACGAUCUUCACACCUCACAGCUGUUAGACCAACCAGGAGAGCUGAGCCGAGCCAAGACGCACCGAGACAAACUCAGUGGAACAGAGCUGAGCCAAACCAAGCCGAGUUGAGCCCAGCGGACUGGUGUGGAACCACCGAGGAAGAACAACUCUCCAAACAAAGCGCACAGAGUUGAGUUGAGUGUAGGAGAGGAGAGAGGAGACAUGUCUGUACCAACUGUGAGACAACUUUUUCUCCUGUGUUUCUUCUGGUGUCUGGGAUCAUGGAGCUCAGCAGAUGCCAGUCCGUUUGAUCAGUGGGAGGACGGGAUCCAGUUAAGGAAGGUGCGAGCCGUCCAGAGUGAUGACCUGAGUGAUGCAUUGUGGGAGGAUCAGAAGGAGGAGCAGGUCCAGAACGUCUUCAAAAGAUUCCUGUUUCAUUACUCUAAAGCACGAAACUCAGUAGGAGCCGUGCAGCAGGAGUCUCACUCAGUCCAUCCUCUGAUGAGACUUUCUCCCAAACUAUCCCAGAGGAGAAAGAAGAAGGUUUUACUGUUGAAGAUUCGCAGUCUGCCUGAGGGGAUGUUGUAGAAGAAUCGACCACAAGAGAUGGACGUCAGGCUGAAGAGAAGAGGAGCAGCAGGCAGCACCUGAACAUCUCACCAUCACUGAGCCGAGGAGCCACGCUCAGAGACACACACAAACACACAAACAUACACGACCUUUUGUUAUGAGAAAAUAAAUGAUUGUACAGAUGGAGACAGCAGAACCACUCCAACAUGGCUGCCAUGUGUCUUCCUGCUUCCACGUCAAUCAGUGUACGUCAGUGUGAACUGUUGCUCUGUUAUUCAAGACACAAGCGUCACCAAAUACACACUAAACACAUUCAUCUCUUAAACAAGUUCUUUAUGAUUCCAGAACACAGAUUAACGUGGCAUCGAGGUGAACUCACAUUUGAUUCAACAGAUUUACAGUUUGAGACAUCAUGAAAUAAAAAAGUUAAACUCAGUUGAUGAGUCGGACAUUUAUUCAAAUUAUAAAAGAGCGCUUUCCCUCUGAAACUUCAGGAGGCGUCUCUCCAGCCAGGUGUCCUCCAGCCCACACUUUAAAUCUGAAAUGUGUGAACUGAUGGAGGAGUCUCUGUCCCUGCUCAGACGUCCUCUGA